GCGUGGAUGAGGGCAGGACCAGGUGAAGCUCUCUGUGAGUCAAACCCUGAAUCAAACACAGAGCAGCCAGACGGAGCAGAUAGUUGGAGCUUUACGAAUUGGACCUCGCCUGUCUCUGGAGUGGAGACAAAAGCCAAAAUGAUGCCCGAACCUUUAAAAUCGGCUCUGUCCAUCGGAGAUGUGGAGGACACGUCUCUCGCGCUUCCGUCCGACCACGAGCUGAGAUCCGCGCAGCAGCGAGUUCUGGAGCAGGUUCACACCAUCAAGAGGAGCAAGUCCAAAUACAGCAGCAAAAGCGUGUCCGGACUCACUUCCCCCACCAGCCCUGAAAGUGACGGUGUGUUUUACGACUUCAAGUUUUCUCCCAGCACGUCUCUCAGCGGACCCUCGUUCAGCAGAGGAGGAACCAUGACAAAUGGGACUAUGCAAAGGCAAGGCUUUAUGCGCCAGUCCACCAACUCCCGCAGCUUCAGCGGUCAGCGGGUGACCAGUGGCUCAGGCAAGUUAGAUCGGUCCUUCUACAGCGUCAAUGGGACCCUCCCUACCCAAACCCGGACCAAUAACCAACUGUACAACUACCAAGCCACCCGCAGCGCUCCAGACCUGGGCUUCCAGUCCACCGCCAACGGCGGCGCCGCCAGCACUCUACGCACCCAAACCACCCGACAGACCUUCAACAGGGUGCCGAACAGUCAACCUGCCCAGGCUCUCGGUAAUGGCACUUUGGCCAGAAUGUCUAACAGCAAUCAGGCCAUCACCAUGCGGGCCGUCAGACGCCCGUCUUCCCUGCAGUCCAACGGAGAGGCCAGGAUGUCCUUGAUCAGAACCGGACAGGCCAAGGAUAUCUCUGCGAUGAACGCAGAGAAGCUUCUGGCCGAUAUGACGAUGCAAGAUGCGGUUGAAUAUCUCUACAACACGGAAGAGAGCUUCCAGCUGUGUGGAGCCGCUUACAUCCAGCAUAGCACCUUCACCGAUGACAAGGCCAAGCAAGAGGUGUUGACUCUGAAGGGCAUUCCUCCGCUGGUCAACCUGUUGAGCAGCUCCAAUCCUCAGGUCCAGGAGACGGUGGCCGCUGCCCUGAGGAAUGUGGUCUUCAAAAACCAGGCCAACAAGGAGGAAGUGCAGCGCUGCGGAGGAAUCACACAGAUUGUGCAGCUGCUCGGCAAUUCCAACUCUGAGACACAGAAACACCUGACAGGUCUCCUGUGGAACCUGUCCUCUGCGGAUAAUCUUAAGGCGGAUCUGCUCCGCAUUGCCCUGCCCGCACUCACCGAGAAAGUCAUCGAGCCGUUUUCAGCAAGUACAGACGACAACUCCAACACCAGCCUGGCACCAGAGGUCUUCUACAACGCCUCGGCAUGCCUUCGCAACCUGAGCGCCUCCAAACUGGCGAACCGACAAGCCAUGCGCAACUGCAAAGGCCUCAUCGACUCGCUCAUGCGCUACACAGAGAACUGCGUAAAUGCCGGGACGCCUGACAACCCGUCUUUGGAGAACUGCGUCUGCAUUCUGCACAACCUCACCUACCAGCUGGAGACCGAGAUGCCCUCUCUCUUCACUAAAAUAAACACGCUGGCCGGUUACGCUCGCAAUCGCUCCAGCUCAUCAGACACCGGUCCGAUCGGCUGCUUCAGCUCCCAGAGCCAAAAACUGCAGCAGGAGAGUGGCUUUGACUAUCCAGUGAUGGAGGACAACAAUCCUAAAGGUGCCGGCUGGCUCUUCCACUCCAAAGCCUUGCAGAUGUUCCUCAAUCUGUUGAGCUCCAGUGAAAAAGGCGCCACACUUGAGGCCAGCUGUGGAGCACUGCAGAACCUCACAGCCACUGAUGGCUUAGUAUCGAAUGUAUUGAGUCAUACAAUCGUCCAGAAGCUCAACGGUCUUAAGUACAUCAGUCCGUUGUUGCAAUCGACCAAUCCCGCUCUACAGAACAGCGCAGUCGCUCUGCUCGGGAAUCUGUCCAGAUCCACACGAACAAACAAAACCAUGGCUCGUCAGACUCUCCCACAGCUGGUCGGGUUCCUGAACUCAGGGCUCACAAAGGGCGACUCCUCGCCUGAAUACGACAGCACCAUGGCCACAGCUCUAAACAGCGCACACGCCCUGAUGAAGGCCGACCCUGAGAUCGGCAAGAGUCUGCUGAACAACAGCCUGAUCAACUCCCUCAACAACAUGAGUCUCAAUCUGGGUCUGCCGAAGUCCAGCACUGCGGCAGGAGUUCUUCUUCACAGUCUGUGGUCAGAAAAGAAUAUUCAGAGUUACCUUAAAAGGCAAGGCAUGAAUAAGAAAUCCUUUGUGAAUGACAUAACGUCGGCAGCUUUCAGAUCUCUUCAAGUGGUCGACUAAGAGAAGCACUUUACAAACAAACUGCAUUUUAAUUGCAUUGCAUUUUAAUUUUGGUGAAGUAUUGCAGAGGAAAUGUAAGAAUGAGCUUUUAUUUCUUUUGGGGCGGUAGAUGCUUUUUGUAACGAUGCAUAACAAAUGCAAUGACAAAAACAUAAUUUUUUUUUUUUGUUCUAUUUCUCAAGACCAUAGUGUUUUCAUUCAGUUAAGAU